UUUUCCACUUCCCCUCCAGUGGUGAUGCGAGGUGAUCCAACCGGUUUGACAGUUUUCCGUAGCCGCAAAAUAAACAUAAAUAUUUAAAAUGUCAGUUCGCGUAAAAAUAGUAUUGAGCAAAAUAUUCAAAGAUUAUCGAAAAGAGGCUUUUAUACUGUUAAAAGACGACGAACAAAAGUUCAAGCACGUUCGUGAUUUCGAAAGUCACAUACAGAAAACGUUCAACAUACGGUUCGGCAUUUAUUUAACGAUUGGCGACAGUCUAUUGCCUUCAUCAGAACACAUUAGUGUUAUCCACUCCGGAGAUACCAUUAUAGUUAAUAAGCUGAAUGAGGAAAUAGGUGAUACGGUGAAUGAAUUCCAGCAGCAGUCAACCGAAGUAGACAUAGACAACCAGUCCAACGAUGAGAUUAAUCCAUUUAAACGUGGCAAAAGGAUUCGUAAACGAAAAAAGAAACAAGUGACGGCAGAGGACGUCAAAGUGCAGAAUGUGUCGACCAUUCAAACAGACGAACCAGCUGUGAUUGUCCAGCCCAGAUCUACUCGGUCACACAUACGAUUUUCUAAUGACAACCCCGAUUUACCAUCACUGAAUAGUGAAGUCUUGCCUUCCAAAUGUGUGGCGAGAGUGGUUCGUCCAGUGACCGUGUUAUCAGAAGCUAAUGCCGACUCUUUGCGCAGCGACAAUCACGCAUCGGAUAAAUCGCUAUGCACCCCGAACUGCCAACCAGACAUAGUCACAUUGAAAGAAUGUGCGAAUGACAGCAAUUUCGCCAAAAUAGUAGCUUCGAUUGAUUUUGAGCGGAUCGUAAAGAGCAUUGAUGACAGCGUUGACUUUGUUCCGCUUAAAGAUGAGCCGAAGAUUUACGACGUAAUAGCAUUCAAAAUGUUAAAAAUCGGAAAAAACUACGAACCGCAACUGUCGGAGUGGAUCGUCGCUAUGGUUAAAGAUGUCGAAGAUCUCGAUAUUGCGGUGCAUGUUUUAGCCGGUGUGGAAGAAACCGAAUGUCCCGAUGGGAAGCUUUCAAUGGCGAUGAUGAUUUGUGAAGAAGAAACUGAAUCGUCGAAUAUGAUAACGCUGAAGCGAGAAGAUUUGCUCAAUGUUAAAGUUUUUUACAAUAAAUGAUGGGUUUGCUGGCUGUGUGGUCGCCAUAAUGAAGUUGAGGAAUGUUAAAAUGAAUUAUUUUGAAAACGUAGAUUGAAGAAACGAUUUUUUUGUAACGAAAAAUAUGCA